AUGUCUAUGACAAUCCAAGACUGCUCGGCUUUUCGAGAGCCAAGACCCGUGCCUGACACGCCAACGAAUGUGCUUGAGCAGCUUAGCAUGAAGGGCAAAGUGGUUGUCGUCACAGGUGCGAGCGAAGGUCUUGGAUAUGCUGCCAUCGAGGCCGUUGCUGAAGCUGGCGCAGACGUGGCACUCUGGUAUAAUUCGAACGACAGUGCCAUCGAGAAAGCGCAAGUGCUCGCAAAGACUCACGCGAUUCGGGCCAAGGCGUACCAGUGCGAAGUCUCACUGGUUGACAAGGUCCGCGCAACCAUUGACAAGGUCAUUGCCGAUUUCGGUCGCAUCGAUGUCUUCGUCGCUAACGCUGGUAUGGCCAUUUCCAAACCCAUCCUCGAACAGACCGUGGAAGAAUACAAGCGUCAGAUGGAAGUCAACGUCGACGGCGUCUUUUACUGCGCCAAGUACGUAGGCGAGGUCUUCAAGCGUCAGGGCAAGGGAAACCUCAUCAUCACUUCGAGCAUGUCGGCGCACAUUGUCAACGUACCCGUCGAUCAACCCGUCUACAACUCUACCAAGGCCGCCGUCACCCACAUGGGCAAGUCGCUUGCGAGGGAAUGGAGAGAAUUCGCACGAGUCAACAUUGUCAGCCCCGGUUUUUUCGAUACUAAGCUAGGAGCCAGUCCUCGUGUCGUCAACGAGGCAUACCGUAUGUCUGCACUCGGAAGACAAGGCCACGUCAAAGAGAUCAAAGGUCUCUUCCUCUACUUGGCCAGCGAUGCUUCUUCGUACCAGACUGGCAGUGACACUAUCAUCGAUGGCGGGUACACCCUUCCUUGA